AUGGCUUCAAGCUUCAAACUCGCUUCUCCGCCCCACGUGGCGGAUUGUCCGGCUUCAACUCACCACGUCGACGAAUCCAGUAUUCAUGGAGCAUGUCGUGCUUCCAAGCCGAGCCAUGCUCGUCGGAUAGGAAAUGUGCAUGGAUCACGACUGCCGCCAUGUCAGCUCGUCGCGCGACUCGCAUCGCGAGGCCAUGGCCAAGUCCGCCUUCAACGGACCUACAGCUCCCCCAAUGUGGCCGCCAAUAGCCCGGCUACGGCGCAAAAAGGGCUCUUCGACCUCGCCAUCGACAUCUCUCGGACGCUGAUGAAUGGCAAUGUAGAGAUGCAAUUCACGCAGUUUAACCCCACGGGUGUAGCCACUUCCAAGAGCUUGACCAAGGUCGGCAUCGCCCACGAGUACCUCUUGAGCGCUCGGGACUUGCGCAUAAUUGACCUGCCAUCUAAUGGAUUUCCGCACAUCCUGAUCCGAGAAGACACCUUGCUGAUGCACUUGUUCGAUUUACGACUCCUCGUGCAGGCGGACAAGGUUCUGCUGUUCAACGUGGACGGCGUCGAGGACAACACCACCCGCCGCGUCUUCACCCACGAUCUCGAAGCCAAGCUUCACAGGCCGCAAGCACCGUACAAAAGGGCAACCGAGGCGUUUGAGCUGCGUGUCGUAGAGGUCGCCCUUGCGUCGGUGACGUCGACCCUGGAAGCCGAGUACCUGCUCCAAAUGGCGGACAAAGAAGGGGCGCUCGUCUACUCGGCGCUUCGAGAGCUGCUGGACAUUUCUCGAAGACUCGCCCGCAUCGAGAAGCGCGCGCGGCUCGUGCGCAAUGCCAUCCAAGAGGUGCUCAAUGACGACGCGGACAUGGCCGACAUGUAUCUCACCGACAAGCAGCGCGGCCAGCGCCACUUGGCCCACGAGCACCAAGAGGUAGAGUACCUGCUCGAGGCGUAUUUCAAAGCCAACGAUGCCAUUGCGCAGGAAGCGGCCAGUCUGGCGGAGAAUAUCCAGAGGACAGAGGAGACGGUCAAGUCGAUUCUGGACGUUCGGCGGAAUCAAAUCAUGCUCCUGGAAGCCAAGGUGGAAAUUGCCAUGCUCAGCUUGGCCGCGGCAACGCUUGUAGCGGGCUGGUAUGGCAUGAAUGUCAUUAAUUACUUUGAGCAGAGCCCUCUGGCGUUUGCAAUACUCGCUUCGGGCUCCCUGGUUGGCAGUGCGCUGAUAUGGAGGUCCAUGAUUCGGCGUUUGCGGCUCAUCCAACUGCGUACUACUAGAAGGGAAUAG